AAGAUUGUCCUUGAGAUCAUCUUGUAAAAGUCAAAGUAAAAGAUCACUCCUACUUUUCACUUUUUUAAUUCUAAGUUUCGCACAAUAAUAGAUAUUUUCUAUUGAAAGCAAAUUCUCUCUUCCUCUGAAGCGCAUGGAGAAGAGAGAAAGGGCGCACAUUUGAUGAAAUAACAAAUUGCUUGUAUUCUGACAGAAUAAUGCUUAUAUCAAACAAAACACAAAAAACAUACCAAAAAAAUUAGUACUGAUAACAUCGAGUCGAUUACACGACUUCAAUGGUUGUACAGAAUAUAGAUACAGAACGGUGAAUUUAGUUUUGUAGUUUACUACAAAGCUAAGUUCACAUGUUCGAAUCUUUAUUCGUACAAAAUUGAUUUUGUGUUUUUCGAUAGUUUUAGUUUAGAAUACUAUAAUGGAAUAUUUUCCGCUUUUAUUCUGACAGAAUAAAGCUUAUAUCAAAUAACAAAAUAUCUAACGAAGAAAAAGGUUCCUAAGUGUGCAAUCGCUUUUUGCUUGUACUCUAGUGGACAAUAGGUAAUCGACCGCGCUAAAUCCGAAUUUGACAUCCUUUUGAGGACUCCAAAGACCGGGUUUCUGCAAAAACCAGGUUUUCAGAAACUCUAAAAGUAACCAAAACCUUUCUUAAUGAGCCAUAAUUGUAGUCCGCAAAUUUCUGAUUAAAAUGCGAUGUCGCCCAGCUCUACAUGACCUUUCUUUGGAACGUUUUAGAAUUUACAAGAAAACCCCUAAAUGUUCAUUGUCAGCUCAAAACUACAAAAAUAAGAAGAAAUUAAUUUAGGGCUUUUCUUGUAAAUUCUCUAACUUUGCAAAGAAAGAUUGUGUAGAGCUGAGAGAUAUUUCAUUUUAAUCAGAAAUUUGCGGUCUACAAUCAUGCCUCAUUAAGAAAGGUUUUAGUUAUAUUUUAGAGUUUCUAAAAACCUGGUUUUCCAGAAACUGGGUCUCUGAAGGCCUAGCAGUACAAACCGAUGUCAGAUUCGGAUUUAGCGCGGUCGAUUAUCUAUUGUCCAUUAGAGUUCAAGCAAAACGAUUGCACUUUUGAGGACCUUUCCCCGUAAGUAUAACAAAAACAGCUUUCUUUCAGGUAUAUAAUAUGGAAGAAAAACUUGAACAAGUAUAUUUAAUUGGAAAAGAGAAUAUUUUUAUUGAAUUUAAUCAAUUUAAAAAUGAGAUUAUACAAAUGUUAGAUAGUCAUAAUAUAUUUGGUUUAAUCACUGAACCAGGUGAAUUAAUCAAGUUAGUUAAAUUAUAUUUAGAUAAUAAAAAAUAUUUAGAAGCACAAAGAUGUUAUAAUAAAAUUAUUGAUGAAUUUCCAGAUAAUGCUGAAAUUGCACAUUAUUAUAAAGCAUAUUGUAUUAUUAAUUUAGAAGGUGGUGAGAGAGAUGGAAAAUUUAAAGUUAAAAAACAUCUUAAAAGUUCACUGAAAUUAUUAGAAACAAGACGAAAUACAAAACAGACGUAA